AUGACGAAAAUAAUAGGAAGAAUUCCACAGUCCCAGCACAAAUUUACAUUUUCUCGUCAAACUAAAGAAGAAGCAAAUUUUGAGGCUGUCCAUCAUGGAGGAGGAGAUGUGCCCGGCGAGGGCGCUCCCUGCCCCAUCUUGCGCCCUGAGCGUGCCUCCGCAGGGCGGGUCCCGCCGCGCGCGUGUAAUGUGCGGGGGGUGGGAUCGACCUUACAAGAAAACACACAGAAGGAUGCUCUGCCGAUUAUGUUAGAACGAUAUCAGAUUGGUGUGAAACGUAAAACGAAGUGUCAACUGGUAACAUCGAUUACUCAGCGUUUCAUUGCUCAUACUAGACUAAAUAUGAGUUCAGUUAGAAUAAAUACUAGAAAAGGAACGGACAAGCAUUUGCAUCGACACAUAAAAGAAGUACGUUCAGAUAGCAUGGAACUACGAAAAACAAAUUCUUACUUCUCUCAAGCUGUAGGGAAACAAAAACGCCAUGUGGUAUUGCACACGCUCCAUCAACGAGAGGGUGUCCUCAAACUCUUGUUCAGUUUCUCCACAGAAACCGCAAAUGAAGUCGCUGGAAAGCGUGACGCCAGGAAGGACAUCUCGCACGUGAUCCACAAGCUCCAGAUAUGCUGCACGCGUGUAGCCCCGCCUCAUGCGCUCCAGUACAUGAGGGACAUACUGAAUAUAAUGGCAGCAUGCAGUAGUUGCAUCUCACAGACAGGAAGUGUGGAAGAAGCAGAUGUAAAUGCAAAGGAUAAUAAAGGAGCAACUCCUCUACAUAAGGCUUGCACUGCAGGCCAUGUGGAGUGUGUGCGAGAGCUGACACGAAGAGGGGCAGAUGUAAAUGCAAAGAAUAGUAAUGAAUGGACUCCUCUCCACAUUGCUUCCAAAGGGGGUCAUGUGGAGUGUGUGCAGGAGCUGCUACGAAGUGGUGCAGAUGUAAAUGCAAAAGAAAAUAAUGGAGCGACUCCACUACAUAAGGCUUGCAAUGGAGGUCAUGUGGAGUGCGUGCGAGAGCUGAUAGGAAGAGGUGCAGAUGUUAAUGCAAAGAAUAAUGAUGGAGCGACUCCUCUGCACAGGGCUGCCAAUGGAGGCCAAGUGGAGUGUUUGCGGGAGCUAUUAGGAAGAGGUGCAGAUGUAAAUGCAAAGAAUAAUAACGGAGCAACUCCUCUCCACAGGGCUUCAAAUGGGGGCCAUGUUAAUUGCGUGCGGGAGCUCUUGGUGGCUGGAGCAAGUGCCGCAGAGAGGAACAAUGGGGGAAAGACACCUCUUGACCUUUCAUCUAACGAUGAAGUGCGCAGAGCCUUUGAUGAGCUGUACUCAUAAAACUUCAAGAGUCAUCCCUAAAUUACAUAAUGCUAAGGAGAGGAAGGGCAUUGAAGACACUCCAUUAUGUAGCAGUAAGGGGUGUUAGCUUUGAGUGUAGUUGCUCUUUAUCUCCAACAUUUGCUGAAAUAAUUACUUUAAUUCAGUCUUAUGCAUACAUACAUACAUUUGAAAUGUAGUUAGACCUGGUGACAGUUUAUUAACAACAACAACAACAAUAAUAAUAAUAAUAAUAACAACAACAACAAUAUCAACAACAAUAACAACAAUAAUAUUAAGUAAAAUUAU